AUGGCGAAAGCGACGCAUGCAUCUCUCCAAGCUCUACACUUCGAGAGGAAUGCGAUGACGACAAAGGGCUCUUGCUCAGCAGAGGACCUCGUCGGUCGCUUCGUUCCUGUCUCAUGCACGAUCGAAAAGGUCGUCUGGUCACUCAAUGAGAGUUUCGCCGGUGAACCGAGCGCUGAGACGGAGAAGAUGUGGAAAAGCCUGAUACCAAAAGGACGAGCGUUCGUCCAACAUCCCAAGCUAGCGAAAGAGAUCAAAUCCAUGUCCGUCUUCCAUGAGCUGCAUUGUCUACACGGUCUCCGACAAAUGUACUACAAAAAAUCCUACCUCCUCUCCAAACACCAACACCACGAAUCCCAACGCUCACCACUAAGCCCGCCUCACAUAAAAAUCGAAACCACAUCCAGCAGCCACGAGCACCACUCCGCCCCCACAUUCACACCAAACCCUUUCAUAGAAGCCCUUCUCAGCUCCGGCGAAGAGCACGACGAUCCCGAUCAUAUCCAGCACUGUUUCGAGUACCUGCGCCAGGCUCUUAUUUGCGCUGCAGAUACCAAUCUGGAAGACACAAAGGAAGAGGUUGAUGAAGAUGGACUGUUGGGCGUUGCGACGAAGGGGUGGGGGUCCGAGAGGGUUUGUAGGGAUUUUGAGGCGGUCAAGGAGUGGGCGAUACUCUCAGACGUGCUCGACCUAACCGAGUAG